AUGGCAGAAAACGAAGGAAACGGCGAAGGGGGCGUCGCUAGCCCGGCUGAUGAAAACAAGAGUACCGACGAUAGUGACAACCCACAUCAGGAUGCAUGUACAACUCCGAGAACAAGCCGUCCUUCUGAAGAAGAACCAAACGGCAAGACCGACAAAAACCGCGACGACGGUAACGACGAGGGCAAGAACGAAGAGUACGAAGAAUACGAAGAGGACGAGGUUGAAGAUGACGAUAAUGGCGACGAGACGCUGAGAAGCGGAGGGGGUUCUCUCUGGUUCAAAGCGGAACGCAUUGUCAUAACCCUGCAAUUCCUGGCGCUGGCCCUCGACGUUUACGGAGCACCCUGGCCGCCCCUCUUCGUGCGGAUGUGGAGUUGGGUCUGGCUCACGAAUCAGUACCUCCGGUGGCCUGCGCUCGUCCUCCUUCGACGUGUUGGGCGCGAAUUUUCUCUGACAUUCGGGGAUGCGCAGCUGGACCUGUGGUUCUUCCGUGAUGUCAUCGGAUAUGGCGUCGAAGUCUGCGCCGCGUCGGUGGCCGUGUUCGUGCUCUUCUUCGUGCUGCAGAUGCCGGACUAUACGAGCUCCAAGCCGAAGGCCGCUUGGAGGCGUAGCUUCUUGACGCACUGGUUCAGGCGAACACUGCCGAGAUACGUUCUCAAUCUGGGUCUCUGUUACGUGGCGUUCGCGGGCGUGACGUACUUUGGGGAAGUGUUUUUCCCGCCGGACGUGGUGAAGGCUGUGAUCGUAGUCGGGGGUACGCUCCUAACGGUCUCCUGGAUACUCGUAGUUCUGCUGUCGCUCUUGGUCCAUGUCAACGUCAGAAUGGCCACGAAACACGAUGCGGAGUACUCCUUCAUGAUUGCAAUGAAACAUGUGGUGAAGACCAAGGGUCGCACUUGCCUGUUCUUCCUCCAUCUAGCGUACGUGCCUGUCACCGCCAGCAUCGUGCGAGCACUCGUGCCGGAGUUCGAUUGGAACGACAAGUGGGCGCAUGAAUCGCGAAGGGAGUACAACCAUCACGUCUGGUGCAACUUCAUGGGAUUCCCGCCUCAGCUCGAGGGGACGGCCGAGAUGAUUGUCUUGGAGUGCACCAGCACGAGCGGGGUGGCGGUGCACACGCUCUCGGCCUGCCUCGUCCUUUUCUUCGCGUGCGGCCUACCCACCAUGGUCAGAUACCUGGUACGGUUUCUGUUUGAAGGGUUUAAUGCCAACGUUGACGUCAUCAGGAGCUUCUUGCAGGCGCGGGAAGUUCACCAGAGCACUCUCGAAGCCCUGACGCCGUUCCCCAAGGAUAUCGUGUGGCUGGCCAGGCGAAGGAGAGAGAUUGCGUUCGCCCGGAAUGCGGCGAAUCGGGUCCGCCGGCGCGCGUUACGUGUGGUGGUGGUUUCCUUGCGCCGGGUCCCUCUCGUCCGCCGGCUGCCGGGCAUUCGGCGUCGGCGACGAAAAAAGGAAAUGUAUUCUCUGGCAGGUGCUGGUCGAAAAAUACUCUCUUCUUCCGACGAAGAGCUUGGUGCUACCACCGCUACAGUUCAAACAGGGUUGGGAAAAAAUGCUCGCAUUGAGGAAGACAACAAGGACCCACCAGCACCCAUUCGGACACCUGGCACGAUUCUCGGGGACGUGGAUCUGUACAGUCCUGCUGACAAGCACAGCACCCAGAAGACAUUGGUGCUCUCAGAAAGUGCGACGGGGGCCACUGCCGUGUUGGAAGGGGUGGCACGGGUCGCAGAGACUACAACCGUUGGAAGUGGGCCAGAGGAAACGAAACGGCGAUACAAGGCCGGUGAUCGGGGGGCUACAAAGAACAACGAGCUGCAGCGGCGGCAGCAGCAGCAGGCGUUGACGGAGAAAUCGGAAAAGAACCACAGCCGUCUUGCAGAGUUUUGGCGCGGUCGAAGGAAGGCCACGGUGGGGAUGAGGCAGGCGCUUCAGGCGGAGCGAGAGGCUUUCGCCAACGCCUCCCAGGAGUUCAUCCUCGCCCUGUCGGACUUCGAGUCGGACCAUAGCCUGGAGAUCACCUGCUGGGAGUCGGUAGUGGACACCUCGGGUUUGCUCUACCUCUCCGAGAGUUACACGUGGCAAAGGUCCGAGUGGAAGGUCGUCGACGGCCUGGAACGGGGCGUCUUCGUGACAGCUGUCGUGGUGUCCCAGCACCUGGGCCCGGCCUCCACGCAGCUGCUCGUCGGAGCUCUUGUCUUGGCCGUAUUCCAGACAUGGGCCCUACGAGCCGAGCCGUUCCUGUACUACCGUGAGGCCCUGCUGGACACUGGUCUGAGGGUGGCCUUGAUUCUCGUGCUGUGUAUCGGGGCCGCGGGCGCUGGAGGGGCCGUCCCACAGUACGUCGUGGACGUUUUCUUGCUGGCGGUGGGGCUGGCCGGAAUAGCUGCCGCGUUAGUCUUGGGGGAAGUCGUGCGGGGGGCUAUGGUGUUCGUAGGGAAGACGCUGGCAGCGGCGGACGAGAGGGUCAACGACCUCCUUUUCCGUCAGGUGAGGCAGCAGUCCCUGGGGCUGGAGUGCUCCCACACGGGCGUGCGGCUACUGAUGCAGUGGGAUGAUCUGUUGGAACAACAGCGUUGGUCCGCGUUCCUCGCCUGGCCAACUCCAACCCCGCCGAACGUGCUGUCCCGACGCGACAAGAUCUUCGUGGUGAGGUGGGCCUCGCUGCGCGGCCUGGACAUCAGCAGGGCACGGACGUCGACUGGUCUGAGUCUCCUGCACGAGUCGGUCAUCAACGCUGAGGUGGAGCCCACCAGGUGGCUCGUGCACCUAUACCCCGUUCUGCUCCAUGCCGAGACACUUCACAAGGAGAGCCCGCUCUUGCUGGGGAUUUUGGAGACGGCGCGGGUUCUCCUGAGAAUGGAAGCGCUGACCGCGCGUCUCAACGACUGUGGCCUGGACCUUCCCGACAGCGCCAGCCAGGCGGGUCAAAGCCCCUUGCUAGGAGGGUUGGGACUACUCGGGGGUAACGUCGGCGGGGGGCUCGGUAGUGCGUUAGGGGAUAUGGGGGGCAUAUUGGGAGCAGGGGUGGUAACGGAGGAGAGACAGAAGGAAGCAGACGAGGAGGAGGUGGCAGCACUGGCCUGGAAGGUGGGACGGCUGGCGGAAAUGUUCCUCUCGAACGAGCUACAGAACGCCGAGCUGCGGUGGAACGCCCACCAGUACGACCUGCUGACGGAGCACGGGGAGCCCGACCUGUCGGAGCUAGCGCAGAACCUUGCGGAGGCCUUCAACAUAAAGCCGCCCAAGGGGUAUGCUCACGUGCACCGCUGGAGAAAACGGGCGCGGUUCACGAGGGACUGCUUGGGAGAAGCAACGUGCGCGAGCAGGAGAGAGGUCGACCUGGCGGGGUGUGGCCUGGGCGACAGAGGGUACAAGAGCCUGCUUUCCAUUUGCAGAGCUCUGUCGGUUCAGGCUACAACUUUUUCCUGGCCGAGCCCGUACACGACACAGGUGCGGAUCAACGUGGUGAGGGUGGACCUCAGCGGGAACCGGAUGCGACGCAAGUCGGGCUACAGGAUAGCGGAUAUGCUGUUGCUCAACAAGACGAUCACGGACCUGAAUCUCAGCGCAAACGCCCUCGACUCCGGGGCCGGCAAGGAGAUCUUCUUCGCCGCCCGAAAGAACCAGGUCCUGAAGCGCCUGGACAUUUCGGGCAACAAGAUCGGGCCGGAGGCCGCAAGCGGACUCGCGGAUAUGGUGACGAAGAACCGCUCCUUGACCUACCUGGACCUCUCCGACAACCAGAUGGGGGAGAGAAAGUUCUGGUUACCCACGGGGGAGAUUAUGCACGUUCCGAGCGCCGGCCCCUCUCUUGGCGACGCGCUCCGCUACAACCGGACGCUCAUCGUUUUGAAGGUAAAGGGAAACUUGUUCGGGGGCGACACCGGCCAUGCCUUCGCGAGCGGCGUGGCACGGCACCGAUCCCUGACGUGGCUUGUCCUGUCCGGCAACCUCCUCCUGCCCGGAGGGGGCAAGGCGCUGGCGCUCCGUCUCAACGCCGCCAAACGCAGCACUCUCACCAGGCUCGAUGUUUCCGACAACCAUCUCGGCAACAAGGCCGCCAAGCUGUUCUCCGCAACCCUGAAGCGGAACAGGACCCUCCGCCAUCUCGAUCUCUCGCGCAACGAGCUCGGCACCCACGCGGGCAUUGCAUUCGCGACGUCGCUCCUCGUAAACCGGACCCUGGAGACCCUGGCGAUAGCCGGUAACGGGAUGGGCCCCAACGUCGCCAAGAACCUGGGACAAUCCCUCGCGAAAAAUUCCUCCCUCAAGGACCUGGACCUCUCCGACAACUUCUUGGGAAUAGCUACGGCAGAGGGCGGGGAUCCGAGCGACCUGGGUCUUGCGCUGGGACACGGGCUUCGCAUCAACAAGACGCUGACAUCGCUAAACUUAUCUGGCAACCGUCUCCCAACCAUAGAGAUGCAGCGAAUUGCCGAGGGUCUCGCAGAUCACCAGUCCCUCUCCCACUUGACGCUCACGGGGGAAGCCGUCAAUGACUCCGCGGCGCUCGACCUCGGUCGCUUCAUUGCCCAAGCCUCGGGCGCCGGCCUCGUCUCUCUCGACCUCAGCCGUUCCGCGCUCGCGGGCGUGGGGGCGGUAGCCGUAACUCACGCCCUCGCCACUGGCGCCCAUGGGCUGGAGCGGCUCAACCUCUCGGACAACUUCCUGAGCAAGAACGCCGCGGGGGAGCUGGCGAGCGCCCUGCAGAAUGACGAGCAGGGGGGGAGGGAUGGGUGUGGGGUGCGUUUCUUAGGUCUGGCGCGGUGCGGGCUGGGGCCGGUCGGCGGGGCGCUCGUAUGCAGGGCACUGGGCGGCAACAGGACCGUGGAGGAGUUGGACAUGUCAGACAACGGCCUAGGGCCGGUCGCCGGGAUGGCGUUGGCGAGGUCGCUCCGGGUGCUCUAUCGCAACGGGAAAUCAGUGCGCCCUUGUCGCAUGCGCUGGCUGGACAUAUCCCGCAAUCCUUUGAGAAACGAAGCUGGGGUGGCCAUUCUCGGUGCCCUCGUGAACGAGUGCACGCAACACCUCGACCUGUCGUAUACUGAGUUGCGGGGCAAGGCCGCCGGGCUGGCCAUCGGUCGGAUGCUCCGCUGUCACACCAUCGUCCUGCAACACCUCAACGUCGAGCACAACAACCUUGGCCGCCACGGGAUCAACGAGGUGUUCUGGGCGUUGCGGCGGAACGCGUCGCUGCUGAACCUGGACAUCAGCGACAACGGUGCGGGGGACCUCUUUGGCACCGAGGCUGACAAGCUGGAAGAGUAUGGUACGACGUCCAUAAACUCCGCGCUGUCCCUCAAUCAGACCCUGCGCUUCCUGGACCUGGGCACGAACGGCCUCAGUGCGGAGUGUGGGUCGACACUCACGGCGUCCAUCCGCAGGAAUCGGUGCCUGGCCAACGUCAGCCUUGAGAACAACCUUCUAGACGACCAGGCGGCCUCCACCUUUGGGCGCAAGCUCCGGCGGGACCGCCAGAUGGACCACCUCAACCUCAACAACAACCGCGUGGGGUGGCGAGGUGGCCUGGACCUCGCCGCGGGGUUGGCGCUUAAUUCGCACCUCACAUGGCUGGAUGUGGGGAAUAACAUGCUUGGCGAGGCCGGCAUGUUAGCGGACGUGGGCGGCAAGUUUGCGGCCGCCCUCGUGAAGAACAAGACUCUGACGAGGCUGAACAUGGAAGGGAACACACUGGGACCAUCGGGAGGUGUGGCGAUAGCCGAGGCGUUGCAACGGAAUAACAGCUUGGUGGAAAUCAACCUCGAGAACAACAGGCUUGACCAGGACGUGGGCUUCGCACUGGAAGACCUGCUCAAAGUCAACUUUACCCUCCACAGCGUCGGUGCUUCCGUGGGAGAGGUCGGGAUCGACAGUCGGGAGACCAUCGACAACAUGCUCGCAGCGAGGGAAAAGAUGCUCGAGACGACCACGACUCACGACCCUUCCCAGCAGACUCGAUAUCGGGAGUCCUCGCGGAACAGCGGCGGCGGCAGUGUCGGGGGGGGCAGCAGCAAUGGUAGCGUUGGUAGUCUUGGGGGUGACUCUGCUUCGGAGGGUUUUGCUGCGACCGGCACGAGAAGGCCUCGGAGCGCUCGCGCUCUGCGUGCUCAACAAGCCAAGACCGCUCGGAAAAACUCGACGAUCCGACGAAAAAGAAGUAGAUAA